ACCGGAAGAGCAGCACUGGGAAUUCAUGGCCAAGCUCAUAACCAGGUUGGUUUACACUUGUAACCACCUGCAGUAUGAGCUGGCAAACCUCUAGUGGGCCGUACGGAACCACAAGACUCGAGGAUGCAGCACGGGCACUGGAUUCCUGUGUACAGGACUUGGAGCAAGUAGCACCAAGACCGGAGGCUGGCGAGCCCAGCAAUGCACCCUCUACCCGCCAACUGGAGGAACGUGUCGACCACGUCGUCGCAAUGCUCCGCGACAUCAGCAUUUUUGAGGCGCCAACCACCAUCGGCAAACAGCUGGAUACAUUGAAGACUGAGGUUCAGCAAUUGCAACUGCCUAACAAGGAUGGCAACAGCACAACGAAUUACAAGAUGCCGACAUUCCAAAUUGAGAAGUUCGAUGACUACAGGCAUCAAGACCCGGUCCUCUGGUGGGAAGGCUUUACGACGCAACUUUGGAUUCUGUUCGUCGCCAAGCACGCGUACAUCGGCGCCCUGUUUCUCAACUCAAAGGGCGGAUGCCAGAUCUGGUUGAGCCACCUGGCAUCGACCCACGACGUCGACGUCGCAGAUCUGAAAGACAAGAUAUCAUGGGAAGAGUUAACACGACUAUGGAAGAAGCGGUUCAUCGUGGACGACGCACCUGCACUCGCCAUCAACCGUCUCUUCGGCAUGACGCAAGGCAACACAGCAACACGUGAUUGGCUCAUGAAAUGGCAGAAGAUCGCGGCAACGCCCGGUCUCGACAUGCCAUUUUCGCAUCUGCGCCGCGAGUUCUACAACAGGUCAUGUGCUGCAUUGAGCCUCGCACUUGGUGAUCGCGAGCAAUAUGCAACCUUUGCUGAAAUCAUUGACAAGGCGAGGGAGAUCAUCGACACCAACAGGGCGGCUGCACACGAGAAGUCAACGUGGCAACCAACCUAUGUGGAGAAGGUGAGAACUGGUCCGCGACCGCAGCAAUUCGCUGCAGUCCAAACGGACAACACUGUGGAAGACCCGGCAGCCACCCAAGUAUCACGUGAGGGAGAUCAGGUGGCUGCUGACCAGCCGCGAAGCAACAACAAGCCCCGAGGAAAUGGGAAGGCGAAAACCGCAUCGCCGGCUGGAAACGGACAACCAGCACCAUGGGUCAAGUUUACCUUAACCGAGGCCGAGUACAAGUACCGCGGCCGCUACGGCUGCUGCUAUUGGUGCAACAACACCAAGCACAAGACCUCCCAAUGCCCUGAUCAAGGCAAGGAGGAUGUUCAGCCUCUACCAACUCCGUUGAUGGACGCCGGAGUAGAGGUUGUCGACCUUCACGCCUACAUUGCGAAGAUCGACCACGAGUUCAAGAGGCAACGGUACGACGACAUCGACGCACCAUUGCUAUAUGUACGCAUUCAGAUCGGAGAGGCGACCUGCAGCGCUUUGAUCGAUUGUGGAGCAUCUUGCAACUAUAUGAGCCAGGACUUUAUGGUACGCGCCGGCCUUGGCCCACGCGUCCGGAGAAAGUCCCAGCCGACGCAAGUCACGUUGGCGGACGGUCACACGCACAAGUCAAUAGACCGGUGCGUUGAUGACGUCCCCGUGUACUUUGCCCCGCACGCGAGCGAGGCGGUGUCCUUCGAUAUUUUGGACACCAAAUUCGACAUGAUCUUGGGCAUGUCAUGGCUGCGAAGUGAGGAUCACCCGGUGAACUUCUACCGCCGCAUCGUUCACGUUCGUGAUCGGAACGGAGUACUAGUCCCAUGCACGGUAGCUCCUCCUCACCCUUCAAUCAGCUGUCACGUGGUGUCCGCCGCAAGCAUGCGAGCUUCCAUCAUCAAAAACGACAUCGAGGAGAUGGGGGGGUGUUUUCUCCACGCCCUCCCGCCCCAUGACGCUUUAUCAAUGGACUCAUCUUCGGACCCACGCAUCACCGAGCUUCUCGACGCCUACAGCGACGUGUUCGAAGGCCCGCACGGAGUAGUACCGGAUCGGCCCAUCCGCCACGAGAUCGUCCUCGAGGACGAGGCCGUACCUCUGCGCGGUUGCAUCUACCGAAUGAGCGAGGAAGAGUUAAGUGUGCUUCGGGCACAACUCGACGACCUUUUGGAGAAAGGAUGGAUUCGGCCUAGCUCAUCGCCAUACGGUGCUCCUGUUCUCUUCGUCCGGAAGAAGAACAAGGAUUUGCGGUUGUGCAUCGAUUAUCGCAAGCUCAACGCGCAGACGAUCAGAAACGUCGGCCCUCUCCUACGCAUCGACGACCUUCUCGAACGACUGGGUGGCGCCAAGUUCUUCUCCAAGCUGGACCUCAAGUCGGGAUAUCACCAACUCGAGAUUCGGAAGGAGGACCGCUACAAGACCGCGUUUUAAACGCGAUAUAGGCAUUUCGAAUGGCUGGUCAUGCCAUUUGGCCUUACGAAUGCCUCGACCACUUUCCAAGCGGCUAUGACAACGGAGUUCCGACACAUGCUGGAUCGAUUCGUACUUAUCUACCUCGAUGACAUCCUGGUGUACAGCCGAAGUUUGGACGAGCAUGUGGAACACCUGCGCACCGUUUUGGAGCGGCUACGACAAGCCAAGUACAAAGCCAACCGCAACAAAUGCGAAUUCGUGCG